AUGAGUUCUUUAAAAUGUUUAUCUACCAGAGUGGCAUCAUGUGUUUUGUAUUUAAUACCGCUGAUAUACUCCUUCAUGAUUUUAGUAUUUGGAUUCAUUGAAUAUAAGCAAAAACGAACAUGUAAUUUAUUAGUACUGUGUGUUUUUUAUGGAAUUGUAAUUAUUUUAAUUUGUUUAGUUGGCUUCUAUGGAAUAAUAAAAGAAAAUGCUACAUCAAUCAGAUCGACUAUUGUUUUGUUAAUCGUGAAUAAUAUAAUUAUGACUAUGUUAAUAACAUUUCUGCUGAUAGAUAUUAUAAAUUUCCCGCAUGUUGUGACAGUUCAUAAAGCAUCCAAGUUAUUACAGUUUAUAGUACAGGAUAAAAAGGUGGGAUUAGUUUUCUGUUCGAUUGUUUAUUUAUUAAUAUUCUUUUCUUUUUGUUUUAUGUGGACAAUUGGGGAUUACCUAGCUCAGUUAGAUGCCAAGUUGUGUUUAGAAGACUUGAGAUAUUCCCAUGAUCGCAUGCAGAGUAAGAAGAAAAAAAAUUCCCCAAAAUUGCUAGGUGACGAGAGUGAAUUUUUGAUUAAGGUGUAA